CGAUUUUUUUAUGCGGAGAGCCCCCUGGCUUGUGGCUGCGUUACUGUCCAUUCUGCUGAGUCAGUGGGAGAGGAGAGGCGCUGUGGCUCAGUUCACGACGGCCUGCCUGACCGGCAACAACAGAACAGACGACGAUGAACAGCCGACAGAAACAAACGCAGACUGCCAGGCGGGUAAGCAGAACAGCGGGGCGCAUACAGACAGCGCAAUACACUGAAUGGCCUCGCUUCUAUUCAGUCGUAUUCCCUGACGGUGAGAUCUUCUCGAGCUGUGCCGCCAAUGCGCUGCUACCCAUCGUCGACGACCCCGACCUCGGCAACUUCGGCCAGUGCCUCUAUGAAGAUAACGCCCAGGAAGAGCUCAAGAGGCAGCAGACAGAUGCCCUGACCACCGACGAGGAGACCGCCGGCGACGUGAGCGCAUCGGGAGAGAAGCAAUCAAUCCUCUGCGGAGAGCCAAGCGGCGUCCAUGGCACAGACAUCACCGAUCUGGGCACUGCGGCACUGGGAAGGUACGCACUGCUGAUCUCAUGGGAUGGCACCAUUCGUGCUCCUGUGUGUCAGUUGCCCGUCGGACAAGCCCAUCUGUGCUCGCACGAGCGACUCCCGCUUCUGCUACUGCAUCGAGGAGAGCAUUGGUCUGUUCGGCGACGUGGCCAACUUCUCGCGCGGCGAUGUCAGCUUGACGAGGGGCGUCGUCAGCGGCCAGCCAUCGUCUCUGUGUUUCCCGGCCGAGCUGGAUCCGUGCUUCAAUGCCGUCAACCGCUUCGCUGUGCCCUUCGACUGUGCGGGCAGCCUGCCCGUCGUCGAGAGAAUGGAAGACAUUGGGCCCGACCCACGAGAGCAGAGCUUCAAGCCAAACGCCCCGCCCCCAGUGCCACAAGAGUCGACCUUCGCCCAGUUGGUGCCCGGCACUUAUCUGUUCGAAGACGUUCCCUCUGACGCCUACCUCGACACCAUCAACGACACUGGCAGCAAUGUGUCGAGCUGCAUGAGGAUUCAGGGCAAGCCUGACGAUGAUAGUGGGCUCGAUGACUUCUUUGUGGACCUUUCUUGCAACACGACAGAGGGCGUCAGCGUCACUCUCCAGUUCACCUGCCCCGAGACCGGCCUCUGCUCCAGUCGAGCCGGCAACGCGCUGCAGCCUGCAGUUGCUACCAUUCACGGCGUGCUGCAAGUCGAGAAGGCCAGCAAUCCGGCGUGCGAAGGGAUUGAGGCGCAGAUCGAGGUCACCUUGACGGGCUUCGUGGACGAGUCGGAGUCUCUCAUUGCUCAGCAAUUCGAGUACAACCAGACUCAGCGGAUUCUCAUCAUCGGCAACGAGACGCAGGACGACCUCGUCACUGCACGCGCGAUCGGCAUUCUCUCGCCCUCGGCCAACACGAGUCUCGGCCUCCUGACGUUCCCCGAUGAUGUGCCUGACGAAUGUGAUGUCCUGCUCAACCAGCAAGUGUUCACAGUGACGUCGGGCCAGACCGAGGCAGGCGGUAUCCUUGCCCUGGCUACCUCAGGAUAUGGAAGGGACACAACGUCUGGCGAAAUUAUCCGAAAGGUACGUGCACUGGUAGAUAAGGGAAGCUCAAAUACACGUAUGUCUCCCUUCCCUUCAUAUCGUCAGAAUCCGUUGGAGGUCAGUCAGUUCGCUAUCGACAAUCGAGAUGCAUUCCGGGAGUGCAGUGAGAUAUGUGUGAGUGCGGCCAAUAUGAGUGACGACAGCGUGACUGACGCCCGUCCAGAACAAACUGGAACAUUUUUUAUUCUUAGCGAGGAUUUCAGCCGUGCCCUUCUAGGAGAGGUCCUGCCGACUAUCUUCUCCCCCCUUUACAAGCCGGAGCAGUCACCAGACCUAUCUUUCAGCAGCGCCGCAAUCGGAGACAGAUUCUUUGUCAUCACGGAAGACGACGUGUCGUGUCUUGACGAGUUGGACUUAGACGUCAAGUUCCCUGUGGGAAAUAAGUCUGUGCUAUGUACGAAUGUGGCCGAUACAAAGGGGACUCGAUCGUUCGACCUCUUCAGCGCGGAGACAGGCGUGUCACUCGAUCUGAUUCUGAAGGUACUUCAUUCAAUUCUGAAGGAACAGCCACACACGUAUUCGUCUGUGUGCUGCCGCUGCGUAAAGGGCCAGCUGGGAAACCUGAUCGAUGGAAGAGAAGGUACGGGCACCAGUCAGGCGCGUGACAAGCAUGUUUGUUUCUGGCCUGUUGGCUGAGGCGCACAGAUGGUUGAUUUUCCUGCCGUUGGCGCAUGUGUUCGCAGUCUUGGCCAACUGCCGAGGACGAAGGCUGCAAAACCUUCCUGUCGGCUUUGACCCUGACCCUGGCGUCGCUGCCCCAUUCGCUCGAGCCAGCUUUAUCGGCGAGACUGUGGGUGUCGCGCUUGCACCCAACGCAGGAGUUCUUGGAGCUGACACAUGCGUCGUUGCCCGCCUGUCUGGAAGGCCCACUUGUGACGGGAUAGAGAGAGGCUCUGAGCAGAGGAUCAACGCUUCUUUCGAGAUCUUCUCGACUGCUGAGGAUCUAACGAUCAAGAACUGCACCGAGAGGUUCAGCGAUUUCGCCAUGGGAGACGUGGAUGUCUUGGAGGCCAAUAGCUGUGUGAUUGGCUUUGAAUGCUGUAAGCAAUCAGAAUGGCUCACAACUGACUCGCUGUCGCUUUCGAUCUUUCAUCAUGUUGCUGCUUUGUCGUAUCUUUUGCUUGUGUCAGUUGAGGCAUGUCCUGAGAUUGUCCUGAAUGCCUCCAGUACAGCCCAGCCAUCAAGCUACCGCAUGACCGACUUCAAACCAGGAGUGGACCCGAACAGUACCGCUACCGUCCUCCCCUCUUGUCUCUGGAUAUACCGGGCUCGGGGGGAAAGAGGCAAUAGGACAGAGGCCUUCGUAGAGGCCUUCAGCUGCGAGGGAGAGGACGCCGAUUUGCAAGUGCGGAUCAGAUAUGAUGUCGAGGCUCUGGAUGGACGGAUCGCACCGAGAGCCCCAGGGGAUGAUAACAAGCCACAGGUUGGCUUCGCUAAUGUGGACUUCAAGGGGACAGUGCGCCAGGUGUCGCCCGAAGAGUGCGAAGGGAUCGUGAUGUUCGUCGAAGGUACGCUUUGUUUGACGCACUCUGAGGAAUACGUGUUCGUUUUUGUGUGUUCGGCUUGUGUCUCAAUCAUAUAGGCACUCUUGUCGGCGGCUUGAGUUUUGAGCCUCAGGGAGAAGAGCUUACUUAUCCGGGUGAAACGUCGUAUGUCCCCACCAUCCGAGACUUUUUCAACCGAGGUGGAACCAACGACACCAACGACACGAAGUCAAUCACGCCUGAACUGGUAAUACGGCUACACACUCAUCACUGCCUCAAUGAAGGCAUGUCUGCUGACUGCUUUGUGCAGAUGUUCACGUCAAGUGCCCCUCUCGGCACCAUGCAGUACAGCAUUAUUUCUGCUCCCGACAAGACCUCUGCUGAGAGCUGCUUGCUGCCCCCAGCGAGACUCACAUAUAGGAAGUUCGGAACGCGACGCGUCAUCGAAAAUGGGGAGUUAGUGAAGGAGCCGGUGAAAACCUUUGAAAUUCCCUUUCUGUCGGUUGAGAAUGCGGAUUCCGAGGGCAGCACCACAUUCGUCGACAGCCUCUUUCGCAUGUAUGGGAGGGAAGGCCGCGGCAUAGAUUUCCAGUCGAGAGUAAGCGGUCACUUGAGAGAAGUCUGCGACAUUCCGAAAGAAGGUACGACAAAUGGUAUUGCAUCAAGUACUCACAGGAAAUGGUCCCUGUCCGUUGUCAGGCGUGCAGAUUCAAUGCCUGGCCAGAGAGCCAUUUUUCUUGAUAGCCGAUGAAGAUUUCCUCAAGCCGGACGACGAUUUCAAUCUCACGUAGGAUGGGCUCAAAUGACGAGACAGCCAUCAGGCUGUGAUGGCUGAAUCCGUUUUCCCUGUGUGUCUCCUUUCAUCAAGUUCUGUUGCUCGAGUGCAGACACAACCCGGCAUCGAUCCCGACGAUGUGCCCCCCCUCCAGUCGCCACCGGACUUCAACCUCAACUGCUCGAGUCAGGAUGUCGAGCGCGUUGGGCAGGCUCUUGACGGCAGCCCUGUUGGCUUCAUCGUGCGGACAAUUCCCCUCUUCGUCGAGGCCCCAAGCGACGAUGGCAAGACCCACAGAGUUGACCAGUUAUGCCCUGUUCUGACAUUUUGUGUCGACAAGACCGCCCUCUGAUGGACAGACGUGAGACGGAGAGAGAUCAUUGUGAGGCUGACGAAAGGGCAAGCGGGCAAGACCACAUUCGGCAGUCAUGUCCCCAUUUUUCCUCUCGUCGCUGGAGGGAUUUUUCUUAUUUUCUGUGAUCGCACUAUCUGCGAUACGUAUGUCUUCAGCCAUACGCACCUGUCACCUGUUGGAAGGUACGCAAGUGAAAGAGACACAUUGUGGUGAUAACUCUGACGGCGUGGUUUCCCUUCUCUUUGUGUGUGUGUGUGUGUGUGAGUGGAUGCAGUUGAUGACUGUCUCUUUGUCUGCCAUGGGCACUGCAUAGGUGCACCACAGUGGCGUAUUUGUCAGUCUGCGUGUCCCACCGACUGUACAUCAGAUUGUGUGUGGGCGUGUUUGUCACGCCGUUUUGCAUUCAAUGUGUCGGUGUGCGUUGGAGACCGCAGUCUCGUCGUGUGCAUGCAUGUGUCGGCUGGGACACAUUUCGUCUCGUUGUGUGCGUGUGUCGGUCAAGGGUGGUUGGACUCAUUGCGGUG